AUGAGUGCCACAUGGGCAGAUAUACAGCGUUUGGCAACUGAUUUUCAGCGAAUACAACUGGCAGAAAGUUCGAAAAAAUUAUCGGAGAAUAACUGCGUGGAGUUGAUAUCAAUGCUAAUCAGAUCAAAAGCUAUCGAUAUUCUGUUCACAACUGACGGGAAAGAGUAUGUUACUCGUAGUCAUUUACUCAACGAGGUGAAAAAUGAAUGUAUUGGUCGAGAAGGUCGCGUUUCACUGCAUGAUUUGGCGCAUACUUUGAAUGUCGAUUACGAACAUAUUGAAAGUGCCGUUUCUGUUAUUUCCAGGCAGGAUUAUAUAGCUGUGUUAUGCAAAGGCCUGAAUGAACGAUUAAUGGAUGUUGGCAUCGUUUCUAUAUCGCAGCUAGCAAAAACAUGGGAUUUGCCUACUGAAAUACUAAACAGUUUAGUUCUAGUAGAAGUUGGCUCAAAGGUUGACGCUAUACGCGAUGGUGAUGCACUUUAUACUCGAUCUUAUCUAUGUGCUCAACGAAAUAUCAUUAGAGCUAUGCUUUGUGGACUAACCAAGGUGACUCCAGUUACUAGACUGCAGUCUGAAUUGCAACUAACAAAUGCAAUGUUUUGGUCACUUUUUGAUGAGCUCGAUGCAAUGAAAGAGAUCCCGGGAAAAAUAUUUGGUGCUCGCACAUCAAACCAUUGUCUAUAUCAUCCAAACAUUUAUACGAUUCUGGUUAAGCGGUAUAUACAAAAGACUUUCUUGCAGGAGGGAAUUUUGAAGUUAGCGGUAUUCAAAAAACUUUCCAUAGCAGAGCCAAAGAUUUACAUGAAAGAAAUAUUGAAGGAUACGGAGCAUUCGACGUUAAUAUAUUUCCCUUCUGCUAUUAUAAGCAGAAAAGUUUGGAAUGAAAUUGAAGCAGCUGUGAAGGAAGAGAUGAAUUCCAAAUCGGUUGUUGAUAUUCGACUGCAUAUGCCAGAAAUUGCUCAAGCUAAGAAAGACAUUGAGCAAGCGGUCGUUUCAUUGAUGAAGAAUAGCGAGGAUUGGUUGUCUGUCUCUGGUACUUCUUAUAUCUACAGUCGACAGCUUCAUUCAUUUGCAAUGCUAGCUUUGGAUGGCUUCAUCAAUAAACGGGCUGAAGAGAUUACUUCCGUUUGGGGUAAACAAAAAGCAUCCAAAAAACUGGAAAAGAAACAAGGUGAGGACUGGGAUACAGUGAGGAGCAAAAAAGGCAAAGACCUGUUAAUUAGAUUGUCAAAGGAAGAACUGAUCAAGGAGCUGAAAAGGACAAGUGAUAUAUCAAAUGAACUACUAGAGGAUGUUACUGAGCAUAUAUGGACGAAAGCAGAGAUUCUCCUUAAAACUCGAACAGAACUAUUGCUGCAUAACGUGCGGACGAUAUCCAUACAAGAUCAAAAACGUGUUCAUGCACAGCUGCAGGAAACAUUGUGUGCACUGUAUGAUAAUAUUUGUAUUUUUGAAUAUGGCGCAGCUACUUUUGAAGAUACGGUGGCUGCUAAUCUCAAGAUAUAUCUUCUUCGCACAUUGUGUACACAUUUUGCAAAUAAUGUAUUAUCAUAUGUAUCGAGAACACAAAAUAUUGAUACUCUUACCAUAAAGGCUCGAAGUGAAACAAUAGCAAGCAUUGAAAGUGCGGAAAGUCGUAAGGCAGUUGAGAAGUUGUUCACAUCAUUGUCAACAAAGAAUCUCGAAUCAUUUCAUGAUGCGGUGUUUGGUGUUUGUUCUUCAGCCAUUUGCGCCUUGAAUUUAAAAGCGCCUGACAAAAAGCAGCGUGUGGAAUUAAUCAAAACAUAUGAAGACCAAUUGGUGAGCCAGUUGCGCGAGUGCACAGAUCCACCAUCCGGUCUUCUUUUAACACUUCUGAUAUUGCUGGCAAGAAAUGAAAAAAUCGCGGUGCACGCCUCGGGGAAAUUUGUUUCACACUUAAUUGCAAAAGUGGAGAAGCAUCCGGAAACGAGUCCAGAGCUUGCCGAAUUAUUAACGAGUUCCCAAAAAAUGAUUGUUUGGAGUAUGCAUUCAAAAGACGAUGCAGAUCUGACGGCAAAGUUGAACGAGAAAUUAACGGCAUUGAUGGCAACUGUAAAUGGUUUUGAAUAUUUGGAGAAACCAAUAGUUGAUGACGGUGUACUCAAAUUUUGA